GGGCAGCUCAGAACAACGGCAACCAUGUCGCUGAACAAGUCGCUAAAAUACGGAUUGGUGGUGCUGCUAGCGCUGCUGGCAGUUGGCCAGGCAGAGCGUGUACGCUAUGACAACUAUCGUCUAUACAAGGCCAAGGCGGAGAAUGUGAAGCAGCUGGCUGUGCUGAAGGAGCUGGAGGAUUCGACUGAUUCCAUACUCUUUUUGGAUGGCGUGCAUAAGCUGGACAGUGAUAUCAAAAUGGUGGUGGCACCACACAAGGUGCCUGAUCUGCUGGAGCUGCUGGGCAGGUCUGAGGUUAAGUAUGAGCUGCUGUCGAAGGAUUUCCAGCAGACCAUGGACGAGAUUGACGAGAAGGUUGCAAGCAAGAAUCGCGCUAGCGAGGAAUACAACUGGGAGCAGUACUACGAGCUGGAUGAUACCUACAAUUGGCUGAUCAGUCUGGCCAAGCUCUAUCCCGGCAAGGUGACCUUGAUUGAGGGCGGCAAGACCUAUCAGGGUCGCUCCAUUUUGGGUGUCAAGAUCUCCAAGAGCGGCGCUGAGAAGCCCGGCAUCUUCCUGGAGGCUGGCAUACAUGCCCGUGAGUGGAUUGCUCCAGCUGCUGCUACAUACAUCAUCAAUGCGCUGAUGACCUCCAAGCUGGAGUCAGUGAAGCAGUUGGCUGACAACUACAACUGGUACAUCUUCCCUCAUGCCAAUCCCGAUGGCUAUGUCUUCACUCACACCACGAAUCGCAUGUGGCGCAAGACGCGCUCACCCCAAAAGGGCAGCUGCUUUGGCGCCGAUCCCAACCGCAACUGGGACUUCCACUGGAACGAGGUGGGCACCGAUCCCAAUCCCUGCUCGGACACAUACGCUGGUCCCUCAGCCUUCUCCGAAAUCGAAACACUCUCGCUGUCCAACUACAUUGCCUCGAUCAAGGACAAGAUUCAACUCUACAUCUCCUUCCACGCCUACUCGCAAUACUUGCUCUAUCCCUAUGGCCACACCGGCGACCUGCCCGACAAUGUAGAGGACUACAGACAGGUCUUCGAUGCUGCUGUGGCUGCCAUCAAGACACGCUACAAUACCAAAUACACCGGUGGCAAUAUCCACGAUGCUAUCUAUGCUGCCGCUGGCGCUAGCGUGGACUGGGCCUAUGGCACUCAGGAUAUUCGCAUGUCCUUCUGCUAUGAGCUGCGUCCAGGACCAAUCAGCGUUUCGGGCUUCAAGCUGCCUGCCGACAAGAUCAUACCCACUAGCGAGGAAGUGCUGGACUCGAUUGUGGCCAUGGUGGCCGAAGUUCAGAAACUGGGCUACUUCAAGUAAAUUUUUGAAUAAAGCAACGCAUUUAAGAGUUAAA